AAGUCGCAACUCACAAAGCAAGAAACACCAACAUCUAGAACGUUCCACACUCGACGGGUGCUAAACGUUAUCCAUGAACCAUAACUACCUUUUAUCAUUCUCCACAAACCCAGUUUUCUGUCACAACAUCCUGCUUCCUCUCCAUUUUCAUUGGGACUCCGUAUAAAAUGGCAUCAAGUUUUGUUACCAUGUCUGCUAUCGGGUCAUUGACAUCUGUUGGAAGCCAAAUUGACAAAAAAAGUAUUAACCCGUCACACAAAUUAUCUUCAUUGGAUUGCAUAUCAUCGAGUUUUCCUAGAGGUAGUCGAAGUUACGUAGUACCUAGAAAAAGUCAUUCCUUAAAGAUUAACGCGGCAAUAAAAGAGUUGCAUUUCAAUAAGAAUGGGGCUGCUAUUAGGAAACUACAGGCGGGUGUGAAUAAGCUUGCAGAUGUUGUUGGUGUUACUCUCGGUCCCAAAGGAAGGAAUGUUGUUUUGGAGAGCAAGUAUGGCUCUCCUAGAAUUAUUAAUGAUGGUGUAACUGUGGCCAAGGAGAUUGAGCUCGAAGAUCCUGUCGAAAACAUUGGUGCAAGGCUUGUUAGAGAAGCGGCGUCUAAAACUAAUGAUUUAGCAGGUGAUGGGACCACUACAUCUGUAGUCCUAGCACAAGGUUUGAUUGCCGAAGGUGUAAAGAUUGUAUUGGCUGGGGCAAAUCCUAUACAAAUAGCCAAGGGGAUUGAGAAUACAGCAAAAGGUUUAAUAUCUGAGCUGAAGUUGAUGUCCAAAGAGGUUGAAGACAACGAACUUGCAGAUGUUGCUGCUGUUAGUGCAGGAAAUAAUUAUCAAAUAGGCAAUAUGGUUGCCGAUGCUCUGAGCAAAGUGGGGCGCAAGGGUGUAGUAACUCUCGAAGAAGGAACAAGUGCUUCGGACAGCUUAUAUGUUGUUGAAGGAAUGCAAUUUGACCGUGGCUAUUUCUCACCAUACUUUGUUACUGAUAGUGAGAAAAUGAUUGUUCAGUACGAAAACUGCAAGUUGCUCUUGGUUGACAAGAAGAUUACAAAUGCAAGAGAGCUUGUUAAUGUCCUGGAAGAUGCGAUUAAAAACAACUAUGCAAUUUUGGUUAUGGCGGAAGAUAUAGAGCAAGAACCUCUUGCUACACUAGUUGUAAACAAACUCAGAGGAUCACUUAAGAUUGCUGCAAUGAGAGCACCAGGUUUUGGAGAUCGUAGACACCAAUAUCUUGAUGACAUUGCUAUCCUUACAGGAGGAACUGUGAUCAGAGAUGAGGUUGGUUUGUCACUAGACCAAGCUGGCAAAGAGGUGUUGGGACAUGCUGCGAAGAUUGUGCUAACCAAGGAGACAGCUACCAUUGUUGGGGAUGGAACCACACAAGAAGCCGUUGCUAGGAGAAUUUCCCAAAUUAAGAAGCAAGCUGAGGAUGAAGAGACUGCUUAUGAGAAAGACAAACUAAAUGAAAGAAUUGCAAAACUUUCCAGUGGCGUUGCUGUCAUCCAGGUUGGAGCACGAACUGAGACAGAGCUUAAAGAAAGGAAGUUGAGGGUAGAGGAUGCACUUUGUGCAACAAAGGCAGCAGUAGAGGAAGGUAUAGUUGUAGGUGGAGGGUGCACCUUGCUGCGCCUAGCGGCUAAAGUAGAUGCCAUCAAAGAGAGACUUGAAAAUGAUGAGCAAAAGCUUGGAGCAGAUAUUGUCAAAAGAGCGCUAAGUUAUCCACUGGAUCUGAUUGCCAAGAAUGCAGGAGUUAAUGGAGCAGUAGUAAUUGAAAAGGUGCUCUCUAAUGACAACCUGAGAUUUGGAUACAAUGCUUCAACCGGACAAUACGAGGAUCUGAUGGCUGUUGGAAUCAUAGAUCCCACUAAGGUGGUAAGAUGCUGCUUGGAACAUGCUGCAUCUGUAGCAAAGACAUUCCUAACAUCAGAUGCUGUGGUUACUGAGAUCCCAGAGCCAGAACCUGCUCCUAUGGAAAACCCAAUGGACAACUCUGGUUUCGGGUAUUAAGCUCUGUGUUCACGGUUCUGCAAAACAACCUUCAACCAUUACGGAUACUUGACCAUCCAUGUUGCAGAUCAGCAUAAAUCUGAACGAGAAUUCUUGAAAAUCAGGAUUGAGAUAAACAUUAUCCGAGUGGCAUUAUGACAGGAAAUUUUGAUCGAGAUGGUGUCUCUUGUUGGUGUUUCAUAUUUUGUUGAGCUGCUUUGAAAUGGAUAGUGGCCGGGAUCGUAGCUCUGAUUUAGGAAGAUAUAGGUGGUAUUCUGUGUGAGAAGCUAACUAAUCCCAAUUUUGAGUGUAAUGAUAAUAAUUACAAACCAAUCUAUCUUGUUUAUUUUGUUGUCA